CGAUUGUAAAAUCAUCCCAAACAACGAGCGAAUGUGUGUUUUACAACUAGAACCGCAUUUGAGAGUUGAGUCAAGUGACGACGCCCCAUUGCCAAGAACCAUCCUUCAUCUUCACGAUUCUCCAUCGUCGUUUGUUGCAUCGCCAUUCCUUGACAUUGACAGCUCGCCAUCUUUCUCUCUCUUCCCCUGUUGUUCCCCCAUUUCAAUCACACCCUUAUUCCACAGUUUCCGCCAUUGCAGCACCUUUAACUUUUAAGGUAAUCUCUCCUCUUCAAACUCCUACUACUUCUCUCAAACUACUUGAUUCAAAUGCAAAAAACUAAGAAAUGAACUGAAGAUGUAUCGUAUAGACAGAUCAAAGUCUUCGACUUUUUCACCUUUUUGGGAAUUAAUUGAUUGAUUUUCUGGGGGUUUUUGUUAGUUUUCAAACUACUCGAUUCUACAUCCCAGAAUACUGAAUCCAAAAAGAUUAUUGAUUAGGCAGAUCAAAAUCGUGUAUUUCCCUUUUUUGGGAAUUAAUUGAUGGAAUAGAUGGGGUUUUGUUAGUUUCAGCUACUCGAUUCAACGGAAAAAAUACUGAAUACCCAGAUCAUAAUCUUCGAAUUCUCCCCUUAUUUGGGGAUUUAAAUAUUUAAUGGGGUAUUUUUAGUUUUGACAAUGAUUGGCGCCGUCCAAUUAGGGGUAUUGGCGGCUUGUAUAGUAGUUCUUGUUCCAAUGGCGUUAGCAGGGUGGCAUUUAAGCCGCAACAAGGUGUUAUUCUUUGGUGGUGCUCUUUUCAUCUCUCUUGCUGUUGCUGUUCAUCUUUUUCCUUACUUUCCUUCAAUCACUGAUUUCUUUCCCGAUGUUUCUUCAUCAUCAUCAUCUUCAUCUUCAACGUUAGUAGUUCUUGAAAAUCGUGAAUCUUGUCUGUCAUUUCUUCACCGGAUCCAAUGGAGGAAUCACCCUAGAAAUGUGAACAUUUCUAGUUCAUGGAAAUGGGUCUUAUCAGACGAGAAUGUGUUAGCUUGUGAUUUUCAGAAAUUGGGUAGGAAUGAUGUUGGAGAUUUGCUUAAUGGAUCCUGGGUUAUGGUUGCGGGGGACUCGCAAGCUCGAUUGUUUGUUCUCUCGUUGUUGGAUUUGGUGUUGUUUGAGGAAGAAAUGGUUUCGGUUCGAGGGGAUUUGUUUAAGAGGCAUAGUGAUUACCAUUUGGUUGUUGAUAGAGUUGGGUUGAAGUUGGAUUUUGUUUGGGCACCUUAUGUUAAUAAUUUGACUCACAUGGUACUGGGGUUGAAUAGGAAUCACAGCUGCCCUGAUGUUCUGGUCAUGGGUUCUGGUCUUUGGCAUAUGCUCCAUGUUAAUAAUGCAACACAUUAUGAUUCUUCGUUGCAGCUUCUGAGUCGUUCUUUGAUGCCGUUGUUGGUGGGUAAAUCUCAGCCCCAUUUGUUUUGGUUGGGGAUGCCGACAUUGGUAAACUCGAUGCUGAAUACUGAAGAGAAGAGAGAGAAAAUGAGUAGUGAGACACUAUAUGCUUAUGAGUUAGGGUUUCGUGGUGCUAAGCUUUUACGGCCUGGUGGCCCAUUUGUGUUGUUGGAUAUUCAGUCUUUGAGUGAGAAUUGUGGGGUAAGAUGUACAGAAGAUGGAAUGCAUUAUGACGGGGUUGUAUAUGAAGCAGCAGUCCAUGUCAUGCUUAAUGCUCUUCUCAUCCAAUCUCAACAAAAAUUGUAGUGAUGGCAUGGCCGUUCUCUGAUACUGAUUACUAGUAGCAUCUCUGAUGGAUCCUAAGCUUUCGGUCUUCUGUAAGAGAUUGCUUCAUCACUGUACUCACGUAUCUUAGGUGUUGCCUGAGUCAAUACUAAGGCAAAUGAGACUGCGCUGCUGGACUUUUCUUGAGCAGAGGGCCAAAGUCAAAAUAACGGUGAUCCUAUUUUAUUGUGUGGCUGGAAAAAAGUAAAAAGACACUGCCUACCUGGCUAAUGGUAUUGUAUUAAUUGUUGUUGGAAAUGCCAGAGGGUUAUGAGAUGACCUUAAUCUCCAAAACAAGUCUUCGUUGGCAGUUUUCGCAUGCGUAUAGAUCAUCUGUAUGGUCUUGUGCCAAUGUCUAUAGUUUCAGGAUCCUUUUACUUGAAAUGUUCCUUGAAAGAGGCCUACAAAUUAAAAGUUAAAGGACAAUCUCGAAUAUCUUAGUUAAGUCAGCUUUUUGCCUGAAAGCGUGACCCGGAUGAUCAUACGUUACUAUAGCAAUACGUUGUUGAAGGCCUCUAUUCUUGGGGAUUGAAUUUUCUUGCUCCGCUGAGCAACAAUGAGGAUGAGGAUGAUGAUGAUGACAGUUUUCAAUGAGGGUAAUCCAACUGAAAAUUUGAGUUUUCUGUUGAUGAUGACCAUCAUCAUAGUUUGAAAGAGUGGAACUAUUACACUGACAGCAUCUGUCAAUUACAGUUACAAUUCCCAUCAGAUGCAACUGCAGGCCCUCUUCACCUGGAUGAUUUGCUUCCUGGAAAACAGCCUCUCUGUGACAACAAUAAGGGUAAAGCUGCAUACAAUUGGAUCUUCCCCUAGACCCUGCUGUGGCGGCAGCCCUGGGUACGACCUGGAUGAUUUUCCCAUGGACAAGAAGCCUUGUUUUUUCUGUCUUGUUUUUAUUGUCUACUGUAUGUAUUAAGGAUUUAAUUACCCUUUUACAGUGUGCUUGCAUGAGAGGAUUUAUUAAUAAAAUACUUCCGCUGUGAAUAUUUGGUAGAAAAGUUGGGAGCAUUGUAUAGAUAUUUGGUUUGAUGCGACUUUGCGAGUGUUAUAACUUGCUGGUGCGUACUACGUAUUUUCUUAUGGGUACUUUGAGAGUUUAUU